AUGCGGCUUCGGGUGAUUCUGUGGCUCCUGGCCAGCCUGCUGGCGCUGACGGAGGCGCGAUCGCAUCAUGGGCGUCGCGAGUGGAUGCGUUCCGAGGUGAUGGACGCCAAUGGACUGUAUCUCAUGGAGUGGAGUGUCGAAGCCAAAGAAGUCACAUUUAGGAUUACAGUGAAUACACGAGGAUUCAUCGGUCUGGGAUUCUCCUACAAGAGUGGCAAGAUGACCAAUUCAGACUUGGUUCUCGCGUGGAUUGACGAUCGAUCGGGAAAGGCACAUAUUCUGGAUUGUCACGGACCAUCCAGUGGUAAUGGAGCACCAAUUCAGGAUGACACUCAGAACUAUGUGGUGGAGGAGGGCACUCAGAACGCCACCCACACUCAGAUCCAAUUUCGCCGGAGCCUCGAGACAUGCGAUCCACACGAUUUACCACUCGGUAGCAACACACUAAAGGUUUUAUGGUCGUUCGGAGAUGAGGAUCCCACGCAUGGCGAUCUGAGGGGUCACGGCCGCAAUCGAGGUGCCAAAUCAUUGCACUUGACUGGACCGCAAUUUCGUCGGCCGGCCACCAUCAAGGAUGUGAGGCAGUGGGACGUAACAGUGAGGAAUGUCUCUGUGGAGUCAAACAUGGACACACUUUACUGGUGCAAGAUCCUCAAGGCGCCAAUUCUGCAUGACAAGCACCACAUAAUCGGAUACGAGGCACUUCUGACCAAGGAAAGCUCCACGAAGAAACCACUUGUUCACCACAUGACACUCUUUGAGUGCUCCACUUCCUCCUAUCCGGGCUCCGAUCCGCACUCUUGGGACGUGUGGGUGAAGAGCAGUGGGGCGGUUUGCAACAGCAAUUUGCUCACACCACGUGACUGGGACUCUUGCAUCACACCAGUGGCCGUGUGGGCGGUGGGCGCUUCCGGCCAAUUCCUGCCGGAUCACGCAGGAAUCCCACUGGGCGGCAAACAUUCGGCCAAAUACUACAUGCUGGAGAUUCACUACGAUAAUCCGCGAGCUAAGAGAGUAAUUGAUCACUCGGGCUUUCGCAUUCACUACACGCGCCAACUGAGGAGGAACGACGCCGGAAUGAUGAUUUCUGGAGUGUCCAUUUCCGAUACGCAAAUGAUUCCGCCUGGCCAGAAGUUGUACCGGAACGUCGGCAUCUGCGGACCCUCGUGCACUGGGGCCAUCUUCCCAGAGGCCGGCAUCAGGCUCAUCUCGGCCACCCUUCACUCGCACGUGGCCGGCAGGCGGAUGAAGUUGAGACACGUGCGCGACGGACAAGAACUCGAGAGAAUCAUCGAGGAUGACAACUACGACUUCACCUAUCAGCAAGUGCGUCAAUUUGCCAAUGAGACGACAAUCCUCCCCGGUGACUAUCUCAUCACUGACUGCGCUUACGAGACAAUUGGCAGAAAACGGCCCACGUUGGGAGGAUAUUCCACAAAACAGGAGAUGUGUCUAUCCUUCAUAACAUACUAUCCGCGCAUUGACUUGGCUGGCUGCUACAGCAUGACGCCCGUGAAGGAAUUCUUCGAGACCUUCGGCGUGUAUCAAUUCUACUCCAUGAACAUGACAGAUGUGGAAAAUUUAUUCCUGUACAAUGGAAACAUUCUGGAUCUGCUGCCAACCACCAUUUUUCCAAACUACCCUCCAGGUGGAAAUGUCGAUGACGAGGAGAAUCGAAAAGCCAUCGAAGCACUGAAAAACGCCAAAGAGUACAGCUUUGUGGAUGAAGAGGAUGUUCUCUAUCAGGAAUCAAUACUGAAUAAGCUCAUCAUAUCGGAUCCGGUGGAGUUUCACGACAGGACCUUCCUCUCGCACCUCAACCAGCUGCCGUGGUCUGAGCCACUGUUCACGCGACGCGUGGAGCAGACAAUUCUCACGGGGAAACACAUGACAUUCUGCCGAGUGUCCAACGAGUCAAUUUCAAUUGCAAGUGAAAUUCUCAAGUAUCCCAACUUCACCACCUUCAUCAAGCCAGCGAGUCACUGUCCCUAUCACAUCAACAUCGACGACAUCGCCUCGUCGAGCUGCGCUCUGGCCAGGACGCUGAUGAGCCUCGUGCUGCUGAUCUCGAUGCUCCGCACGCUCGUGUGUUAGUCAUUCCUUGUCGCCCUUCGUGUGUAAUUUAUUAUUUAUUCGCAACCUGUACAUUUGUUCCCAUCUUCACGCCCAGACAGAUGAUGAUAAG